AUGAACGUGGGCGUUGCCGCUCGACCCUCCCCUCCAGACGCCAUGCAUCCUUCCGACCAUUUCGCUCCGAGCCAUCCAUUCGCAGAUCCUUCCGUGUGUCUCACAACCCGUCUCUCUCCCCCAGACUGCUUUUCCGCGUCGCUCAGCUCGUCCCCUUCGCGCUGCGGAUCCGAAGCGCUCAAAGCCACCGCGUGCCGUCCGGCAGGUGGCCUCCGGGAGCGGCCGUCGUUGCUCGGCCCGCAGGGGUUGGAACAGGAAUGGGCGGCUAUUUUCGGAGAAGAUGACGGAGAUGACGUGGAUAACGGGGGUUAUGGGGAUGACGUGGAUCACGGAUAUCCCGGGAAUGACGGGAAUAAUGGGGGCGAGCGUGAGGAGGAAGAUGACGAGGAGGAUGUGCCAUGGGAGGCACUCCGCACUUCCUCCCUCUCCCCCGAUUCCCCGUCCGUAUCCCCGCGUUCCUCCUCUGCUGCGCUAGCUGCUGCGCUUGCGGCGUCCCGAAAAGCAGAAAGUUUUCGAGAAGAUUUAGAUUCUUCGGACGAGGAGUUUUUAGCCGCUUACUGCCACAUUACCGGUUCCCCCACUGCGGAGUCCCCCGUAGCUUCCCCCCCUUCCGCGGCUUCCGCGGGUUCCGCCUUCCGCGGGCCCGUCGUCCGCGCGCUGCAGAAGAGCGCGAGCUGUUUGGAGGGGCGAGGGGAGCAGCGUCAAGCGCCGGUGCGCGCGCAAGCGUGGAGGGCGCAGCUGGCAAAGUCGCAAGAAACGUUGUUUCGCAAGGGCGGAGCGAGCGGAGGAGCGAGCGGCGCAAGGGACGCGCAUGCGCGGGUAAGGGCGCAGGAAGCGGCGGACGUUCCGCAACGGUCCUACACGGCGCCGUCCGGGGGCGGUAAGCAGGCGCCUUUUGUGGCGCCCUUUGCGGCGGUUAUUGCGCAUCAAAACCUGGAGAAGCAGAAUCUCCACCUGAAGAAACAGCUGCAGCAAGCGCAGCAGCUAAGGACCGCAAUAGGCGGCGGAUUCGGCGGCUGCAGCGUAGUCAGCACCGGCGGAAGCAGUUGCAGUGGGAUCAGUGGUUCGGACCUUGCGCGGGGAUUAGGAAACGAGUCGGGCGGCAAGCAAGCCGGAGGCGCGGCGGCCGCCGCCGGGCACGGGGCGCGCGCGACGGGGGGAACUGGCGGAGCCUCCUCCGCAGGAUCUCAGGCGCAGCCGCCAAACGCUGCGCAAGCUAGAUCUAGAGGCAAAGGGGGGCACGCGGACACUCCGGCUGGCGGAGCGGUAUCCGCGGGUGCGCGGAAGCUCUUUGGGUUGGGUUCCCAGUCUCAACGGAUGUUUCCGCGCGCCGCCACUACCGGCGGAGCUUCCCGCUCGCUAGUCCGCGGGCGCUCGUGGGCGUCGCUCGAGUUUCAGCGGGCGCAAGAUCCGCCGCGGAACGCGCCGCAUUUAGAGGAGCUGGUCCCCUGCACUAAAGGCCUCCCCACUAUUGAGAGCAGUGGCAGCGGGGGCAGCAGCGGCAGCGGUAACGGCGGGGGCAGCAGUAGGAGCAGGGAAAAGGGCAGCGGCGGUAGUAGGACCGUUAGCUUCUCGGAGCGGCACUCUGCGCUUCUUUCUCCCGCGGAUUCCCCGCGGGCGCGCGCGGGCGCCGCCGCGCCGCCGCUCUCCGCCAUGGGAAGGGCAAGCUCGGCGGCUGCGGGCGGCGCAUCGCGGGGCUCCCCCUCGUUCCCCCAUGAGCGGAGCGCUCUUCCGGAGCUCCCCGGGUUGGCGAAAAGGGCGCUGCUUGCGCAGGCGCAGGAGGGGACGGGCGCAAGUGGCGCGGGCGGAACCUUGGCAGGCGCGGGCGCACCAGGCCUGUCCCGAACCUCGUCGGCUCGGCAGCUGUACGUUCAGAAGAUGCUGCUGGAUCUAGCGGCGCAGAGCGACGAAGCAAGCGAAGCAGGCUCGGGUUCCGGUUCGGGUCACGCGAGCCCGUGUGUAGCGUCGGGCGGGGGAAGCGGAACAGGCGGAAGCGGAAAGGGGGGGCGGAGCGGGCUUUCUAAGCGCGGGGUACUGGGACGGUCGGUGUCAGGCAAGGAGCACGCGGGGAGGCGCGCGGGGGCAACGGCGCAGGAAGGCGCGGAGGCGGCGCAACUGCAACUCGGCGCGGUCAGGCGCUCCGCUUCCGCGCGCUACCAGCCCGCCUCGCGGCUAUCCGUCGACUUCAGCGCAGCUGCCUCCGCGGGGCUGACUGGCGGAGAGAACGGCGGAGGGGGGUGCGGGGAGGGGAAAUCUCUGGGGCGCUCCGCAUCCGACAAGGCAAUGCAGGGGGGGGAUCAGGCGCGGAUGGUGGGCCUGCCGUCUAUAUCUGGGGCGAUUUCUGGGGCGGCCGCGACUCACUACUCAUCUGCCCCGGGCCCAUCUUACGAAUCCCCCCCUCGCUCCCCACCGCUUUCCCCCCUCGGUUCCUCCUCCGCCUCCUCCCCGCGCUCCCCGCCGCUCACUCCGCCGCGUAAUAACCGCCGCCGCUCACUGCACAUCCCGUCUCGCUCCAUGCCGUCUGCUUUGGCUCGGCCGAACCGCCGCCACUCCACGUGCGAGGAUCGGCCGCUGAAUAUGACGCAUCCUGCCACUCGCCAGCCUGGCAGCGCCAGUGGUGGUGGUGGUGGUCCGUUUGCUGCUGCUAAUUCCCGCGGUGCAUCUGCUGCUGCUACUCGUGCGUUUGCAAUGUCACGCAGUUUGAAUUCUAGCUCGUCCGCUGCUGCGUCAGCUGCUGCCGCUGUGAAAGCGACUGGUGCUGCAAGGAGGGGGCAGGCAGGCGUGGGGGAAGGGAAGUUGGGUGGAGGGGGAGGGGGGGCUGGCCGGCAUGCGGUGGUGGUGGUGGUGGCAAGGGAAGGGAGGUACGGAAGACGAGGCUAUAGGGUGGUGGUGGUGGCAUGCCGCUGGGUUGGAAUUGGAAUUCAGUCAGCGACGAUCGAGCACAGGAGCGCUCGACGAGCACCGUCCGCCAUGGCGCGUCAGGAGCAAACGGGGGAGCGCGGGAGCGACGAGGCCGAGAGGUUGCAUCCUGACGGUCCGUUUGAAGCCAAUCACAUGAACGGUCAAGCGAACGGCCACGCGGAGAGUCACGAAGGGAGUCGAAUGCUAAACGGAGACUCCCACGUCGUGGUUGACGUUGACGGUAGCGUUAACGGUGUCGGAAUGUCGACCAAUGGAUCAGAGAAUUCCGGGAAACAUUCCGCGAGGGAGAGUAGGAGGGGAGGAGGAGGCGAUGAGGGGGAAGAGGCGGUAGAGGAGGAAGAGUGUGGGAGUGAGGGAGGAGGGGGAGGGGGCGGAGGAGGGAGAGGAAUGGGGGGGGUGUAUCAACGAAAGAGCAAGGUGAUGGAUAAGUGCCAUACCAUGAGCGGAUACAACAAGAAGAACAUCACCGAUACAAUCACAGUCAAGUUCAAGGACGUGCGCUACAAGGUGCAGACCGCGAAGGCGGGCUCCUGGGAUCCGCGCCACUCCUGCCUCCCCACGCUCCCCACCCUCCCCGCGCUCCUCGCCCCCAAGCGGGGGGGAACCGCGGUCGGGGGAGGCGCGGAAGCGGGGGCAGGGGGAAAAGCGGGCGCGGAGGUGCGGGAGAAGGAGAUUCUGCACGGGAUAAGCGGGAGUGUGGCGCCGGGGGAGGUGCUAGCUAUGAUGGGGCCGUCAGGGGGAGGCAAGACGACGUUUCUGAACGUGCUGGGGGGGCGGUUCAAGCAGGGAAACAUGGCGGGGACUCUCACUUACAACGACCUGCCUUACAGCAAGGCGCUCAAGAGAAAGCUGGGCUUCGUGACUCAGGACGACAUAUUCUUUCCACACCUCACUGUGCGCGAGACACUCAUGUACGCUGCUGUGCUGCGUCUCCCAAAGGAGCUGAGCUGGGCGGAGAAGGUGCAACGCGCCGACGAGACCAUCACAGAGCUGGGCCUUGAUAAGUGUCGAAACACUGUGAUUGGGGGGCCGUUUCUGCGUGGUAUAUCCGGGGGGGAGCGAAAGCGAGUGAGCAUCGGGCAUGAGAUCCUCAUCAACCCCUCCAUGCUGCUGCUCGAUGAACCCACCUCCGGUCUCGACUCCACUACUGCUCUCCGGAUCAUUCAAGUCAUCCAAAACCUCGCCAAAUCGGGCCGAACCGUUGUUACUACCAUUCACCAGCCGUCUUCCCGGCUGUUCCACGCGUUCGAUAAGCUGCUGCUCUUAUCGGAGGGGAAUGUUAUUUUUUUUGGGCAGGCUGCGGACGCGAUGGGGUAUUUUGGAAGGUUGGGGUUUGAGCCGCUGUUUGCAACGAACCCGGCGGAUUUUCUGCUGGAUUUGGCGACAGGGACGACGGCGGAUGUGCGGCUGCCGGGUGUGUUGGGGGAGAGUGAGGAGUGGCAUGGGAAGAGCAUGCCAGAGCAACAACACGACGUGAAAGAGUUCGUGGCUCGAGCACACAGGGAGCAGCAGCAGCCGCUGGUGCAUGCUGAGCUGGCAGGGCUGCCCGCCAGCUCAGAUGCCGACCAGAAGAGCGUGCUGCAGCGGCGGGGGUGGACGGCACCGUGGUUGCUGCAGUUCUCGGUGCUGUGGACGCGCGGUUUGAAGGAGAGAAGGCAUGAAGUGCUGUCACCAUUGCGGUUCUAUCAGGUGACAGCGCUGGGCUUCAUCUGUGGCAUGCUGUGGUUUGGGUCGGAGCGCAACACUGCCAUGGAGAUUCAGGAUCAGGUCGGCUUGCUAUUCUUCAUCUCCAUCUUCUGGGGCUUCUUCCCUCUCUUCGCCGCCAUCUUCACCUUCCCGCAGGAGCGCUCCAUUCUAGCCAAGGAGAGGGCGAGCGACAUGUACCGCCUAUCAGCCUACUACCUCAGCCGCCAGCUGUCUGACCUCCCCAUGGAGUGGCUGCUCCCCACACUCUUCCUCCUCAUCUGCUACUUCAUGGCGAACCUCAAACUCACUGCAGCUGCGUUUUUCGGACUGCUCUUCUCCACAUACCUCAUAGUCACCACAGCUCAGGGCUGUGGGCUGUUCCUGGGCGCAGCAGUGAUGGACGUCAAGGUGGCCACCACGCUCGCCUCCGUGCUCCUGCUCACCUUCAUGCUCGCAGGAGGAUACUACCUGCAAACCAUCCCCGCCUUCAUCGCAUGGAUCAAGUACAUCUCCUUCACCUACUAUGCCUACCGCCUCAUCAUCAAAACCCAAUUCUCGCCCUCGGAUACCUUUGAAUGCGGCCUGCCGAGCGACCCGAGUGCCAUCAUCUGCCCAAUUUCGGACGCGCCCUCAUUCCGGGGGUUCUCGCUGGGAGACGCGUGGGUUGAUGUGGUGGCGCUGUUGGUUCAGGUGGCGUUUUACCGCGGGCUGGGGUACUUUGCCCUCAGAAGGAUGAAGACGAAUGUAUAG